GACCCAAUCGUCCGGCGUUGCAGGUCUGGACUCGUUCAAUCGGCAGUUCACGUAUUUAUCUGCCUGCAGCCCUAUAGGGAGCGUCGCUGCUGCACAUCUGGCCUCUGGCAUAUAUAGACCGUUGAACGCUGUGCCAUAGUGGGAUAAUGCGUCGUGACGUGAAACGCGUGAGUUAAAGAUCCGCGAGGGGAUAAACAAAUCAGCGAUUCGUAUUUGUUAUUUGCCACCUGUGUGCGGGAGCCGUUUAAAAGUCUUAUCCUCGAUUUGUUGAGCGAAUCGAAAAACAAAAGUGGAUACGAUGGCGAAGAAGGAGACGGAAAACGACGAACUAGCAUCGAAUUCAAACGAUUUGAAGGAACCCUUGCUCCCCGUGAGCGUCGAGACGGAAAAGAAGGAUCAAAAUUUCCGCGUGCCGAUCAUCAACUCUACUUACAAGCUUAUGCAGAGAAGGAUAAAGAGGCACAAGAAGAACAAAUUGCUGUGUCCUGAGCCGUGCACAGAGGACUCUCGCAAACGCAGCAAGGUGAAGAAGCGGACAAAGAAAUUAGCUGAUGUUGAAAUUGCAUCAGAUAAGAACAUUGCCACUCUGUUGAGAUCUGAGCGGCUGCUUGAGUUUAUAAAGAAAGGACGCAAGAUUCCUUAUGAAAUUGGACGUAAUAUAUCUCAGAAGACAGGAUUUAAAUCCGUAAGUGAUCUGAAUAACUACAUAAGUGCACACAGAAAGAAGUUUAUUGUUCUAGUCGACAAAAAGGAAAAAUAUUGCCAAAGUGAUUCUCAAAAGUGUAAUGGCGCUUUUAGAAGAACUGACUCGGUGGAUUUAGAUCUCUAUUUUACGCAUCACUUUGGAGAUUCUGCUGAGAACUCAGCAACUUAACUCCUCGCAACAAGAGAUGUUAUACAAAUGAUGCUAGCCUUUCCUAUUUCUCGAGUUCGAAGAAGACUGUUGAGGACACCUCCAAAAUGUAAAACGAAGACUACCGUUAAUUUAGUGAUUUAACAGAACAAUGACCGAUCGAAUAUGUAGCCUUCUCUUAUUUGUUAUGUCAAUUCUAUCCAGGAUAUUCUUAUCAUAUAGUAUAAGAUUAUGUACUAUCAGAAAUAUUUAUCUUAAUCUCUACUCAUGUAUCACUGUUUUUUUUCUCUAAACUCUUUUACUCAAAUGUUUCAUUGAGAAUGUUUAGAUUUUAAAAACAAUGCAAACUGUUUCUAUAAAAGUACGUUCCUGACUCAAAUUAAUCGCAUGAGAUCGGUUCUUCGACUAUUGUUUACAUAUAAGUGAUUAUUUUUUAUUUUUAAAGGCUGUUGAAUAGACUUUGUGUGUAUACAAUACUAUAGGAUUGCAGAAUAGUAUUAUUUUUUGAGAAAGUAAGAGACUAUAGUGUUUUUUGAUUGAAUUAUAGCUAUAUUCACUUCUAAGUAUAAAAGGGAUUAUUUAUUAUACAAAUCAUGAAUGUAUAUCGUACGAGCAAAGUGUAAAUUUUCUUUAUUUUGAUAUUCCAGAUCAUCGAUUUGUGAUCCGAAUUGUUGUACAUGAAAACACCUUUUUUUGGUUACUUAUUAUUUGCAUACAAGAUGCUCGAGACACUGAUAUUUGCAUAAGUGCCGUAUGCAAAAUGUAUGAAUUUUCUUUAUCAUCAAAUCGUUGUACAUUAAUACAUAUUUCUUUAGUUAUUUUUCAUUUGCAUACAAAAGCUCGAAACUCUAAUAUUUGCAUAGACGUUGUAUGCAACAAAAUUAUAUGAAGAAAAAACUAAUCAAAAUCAUAAAUCAAUUUCAUUCGUUUGGAUAACGUAUUAGCGAAUUUAUAAUUGUAUAAAACAUAUACAAAUCGUAACCUUAUAUCAGGAUUAUCAUUCUAUAAAAUAUAAUCCAAAUUAUUGUAUUAUAGCGUUAUUCAUUUUUGUGAAUAAUUUCCAUGGAUGUUUGAUUGUAUACAUAAAUAUAAUUUUUCAUUUUACCGCAAAAUGUAAGUAUAUGAAGUAUUUGUCACAAACAUUACUUGUACCACCAUUGAUAACUUUAUUUUUUAGUAAAUAAAAACGUUUCCAAAAUAA